GCCUGCAGGAGGCGCUGACUACAAUCUGAAACUCACUCCGGUAAACAAUACUGAAACGGAAUAAACACAGAGUGGGAAUGUAUAAUGAAAGACUUUCUAAAGUAUUUUCUCACCGCCUUAUUGCACGUUUCGGUGUCAGGAAUAAAGAUAAAUUAACAGAAUAAAGAUGCAGGCUCGGGAAGAAGGUAGUGCGUUGUUUCUGCGCUCUCUGCUUUCUCCUCUCAGACUGCUCUCUGCUGCCAUGUGGCACAUGGUCCAGCAGGAAGCAGUCCUACACUACGGCAUGCUGGAGGAGGUUGUGUCUCUCAUCACAGAUACUGUCCCUGAUCUGCUGAGCUACAGACAGAAGGCCCAGCUCACUAUGGGCCUCAGAGCAAAGCUUGUUCUAGAGUUAUGUGGAAUGGGGUCUCCAGCUGAUACAGACUCAAUCCAGGCUCAUUUACAGCGGAUCGAGACACUUGUUGCACUUCACAAGGAAAUGGAGUCAGGUGAUACCCAAGUGGAAGAAUCUGGAGCUAACUUUGUGGUGCUGAUGCAGAUUUUAAUGAAGGACCCAGCUGAGAGAAGUAUCUUCUUUAAGGAUGUGUAUCCCUCACAGUAUGGUGAGAAGUUCAAUACGGCAUUACAGAAGCUGAUGCGGUGGUUCCUGUCUAGACUAGAAAAUGCUUUCCCUCAGCCUACCAUAGAGGAGGCUGCCCAUUUGCUCAACACUACACCUACAGUCAUGGAGGAAUGUGUGCAGUCACUUUCACAACCUGAACAAAUAAAAAAUGUUCUUAAAUACCAAAGAGAAAUCAGUUUAGAGAUAAAAGAAACUACACAGUUGUGUUCCCCUUCUCCUGAUGAUUGCAUACUAAACUUUCUUGGCAGGCCUCAGUUAGUGCAAACCCCUUCGGACACCCAUUCAGAGCCGGUUAUUGAGUAUGUCCCUCCAUAUUGCCAAGAGGUCCAGGUGGAAUCAUUGGUUAUUACCCAAUACAUUCAGAAUGAACUAGAGACGAGCAUAUCCGAGGAAAAUAAUGAUGGCGUACAAUAUGAUGCGGAAGAGACCAAACAGUGUGACCCGGUAGACACUACAAAUUCUGCUGAAAGUGCUUAUGAAGAUAUCGACUCUCUCCACUUGCACACUGUAGGAAUUGCUUUGGAUGAAAGAUCAGAAAAGCAAGAUCCUGUGGAAGUUGGUGUUGUAGCCAUGGAAACUGUUGAUGGUGGAGAAUCUAAAGAAAAGAAGGAAAUGGCAAAGAAUCCAAAGGAAACAAUAGAUUUGGUUAAAUUGUACACACUUAAAGAGCCUUUUGGUAAACUAGACAAGCUUGAUCUGUGUGAUGGACAAUUUUCAAAGACUUUUAACCCUGAACCACCGAAAAGAAACCGAGGCCGGCCAAAGAAGCAUCCUCGGAAUAAAACGACAUGCAAGAAGAAGCAGGAAGAGAAAACAGUUGCUGUUCCAAGUUCAUCAGUAAACAAGCCUACAGGACUCAAAAAUGGUGUGUCCAGCAUCGUUGCUGUAUCCAAAAAGAAUACAUUAGUGAAAGGGGAAUCUGGGAAAUACGCCUGCUCUCUGUGCUCUUUCCAGGAUCCUGAGGAAAUCCAGUUGCACCACCACCUCUUUGUUCAUCAUCCAGAAGAGUACAAGAAAAUCUGUGAGGCUGAAGAUGGAAAGGACCCUCAGGAGGACAAGAGCACACCUCAUGAAAUACAGAUUAGCCCUGCAAAUAAGGUUCGGUCCUACAGAGGAGUACCAGUGUGCAAAACAUGUCCCACAUGCAAUAAAACGUUCACUCGAAGCUCAGACAUGAGAAGACAUCAGGUGUCUCAUACAGUGGACCGUCCUUUCAUAUGCUGGAAUUGUGGCAAGACCUUCAGGUACACCUUUGAUUUGAGGAGACAUCAGCAGUGUGCGCAUAAAGAUUAUGUGGUGGUGUAUCAGGAAAGGGGUGAAGCCACAGAGGAUGGUAGUGUAGAAAUCAAGGUGGACGAUUCCAGAGUUGUGCCUCAGGAUCUCCACAACUGUAGUGAGAAUGCUGAAUGUCUAAGUUCAGGAUCGGUUAUAAGUGCUGGCUCUGGAAUUCAGCCCGACUCUAUGACAUCGACUGAGAGGCCUGAUGUGAGUGAUGUAUUAGAGCCCACACAUGGUUUAAAGUCAGUUCAAGUCAACUCUCCCUCAAGACGCCAUUUGAGAUCCCCUUCAGCUAACCAUCCUCAUAAAUGUUCUCAGUGCGGCAAAGGCUUCAAGUACUCCUACAAUCUCAAAAAACACGAGGACAUUUGUGAAGGGAAACUUCAGCACGCAGGUUCCGCACAGUGCCUUUCCAAAGAGCAAGAGUCUGACACAUCUGAGCAUGGGACAAGCGUCUCUGCAGCGCCUACACUUCAAGAAAAAAUAUGUUUAAAUAAGCAGGAACAACAGGAGAGUGCUGCUCAGUUUGAAUCGUUUUUGACCUAUAGUCAGUGUGAGAAGAAAUAUAAAGACACUUGCUCUUUAAUAACGCACAAGCAGGUUUGUACUAGCACUGAGCGAUACUUCAAGUGCAUAAAAUGUGAUGCUUUGUUUAAGACAGUGCUUGAUAUCCAGAAGCACGCACACAUUCACUGGGGUGAGGACCAUCUGCAGUGUUCCCACUGUGGUAAGUACUGCUUGAGUCAGAGUGACUUAGCAAGGCAUAAGUUGGUGCACGAGCAGGAGAACAAGCAUCCCUGUACUUUGUGCUCCGAGACUCUCGAGCGGCUCGACUCGCUGAGAGAGCACUACCACAGUGUCCAUGAUUUCACAGGACCCUAUCAGUGUUCCAAGUGUGAUAAGACUCACCCAGACCUCAAGGUUAUAGUUAAACACAUAAAGACGCAUAGCGAGGAGAGGCCUUUCCAGUGUUCGCACUGUUCGAAGAGCUUCAAACAGCGCAGUGCCCUCACUGUACAUGCAAAAAUUCACUCUGGGGACAAGCCUUUCCUCUGUGAGGAGUGUGGGAAGUGCUUCAGCAGCAACAUCAGUUUGCAGAGACACUCUGUGUCCCACAAAACGGAAAGACCGUACUCUUGUCCCCAGUGCAAGAACUGCUUUAAAACAAGUUACGCUAUGCAUAGCCAUUUGUUAAAGCAUACGACAGGAGCAAGAGUUUCGUGCGAAUUCUGCGGGAAGAUGUUUUUCCGAGCAUCCGCACUGCACAGACACCAUCGGACCCACACGGGAGAGAGACCGUACGGCUGCCCGAAAUGCGGCAAGACCUUCCUGACCAAAGGCGAGGUUGCGAAACACAUGCGCUAUCAUACGGGAGAGCGGCCAUUCAGGUGCACACUCUGCUCGAAGACUUUCACACAGACCUGUUACCUGAGCGUCCACAUGCGUAUACAUACAGGAGAGCGACCCUAUACGUGCAGCAUUUGUAAUCGAGCCUUUAUUUGCAAUACACACUUAAAAAGACACACGCUCGUUCAUACGCAAGAAAGGCCGUUUAAAUGUGACUGCGGAAAGGCUUUUAAUCAGGCACAUUCUCUAAAGGUGCAUAAUAGAACUCCGUGUCAGUUACAGGAGAAAUCGAUAUAAACUCUCAAGCUUCUGAGUCUUCCAUCACAGAUACACUAAGACAUUUAAAGACCUACAACAAUACAUUUUGCAUAUUAGGUUGUUAAAUGUAUCCCUUACCUCGCCUUUUAAGUUUAGAGCAAACCCCUUCACCCAAAAUAAUGAAAUGUUGUAUUCUAUUAUACUUUCAGGUCUAUAUUGAAAUCCAAUAAAGCUUGAAUAACUCA